CGUCGCCACGUUCGGAUACUUCAGAUUCGCAUCGCCAGGCGCGUCGGUCACAAGUGAUCUCGUAUCGUAGCAACCACAGACGCGAGCGCGCAGGUACAGGCGUACAGCGUUGCGUAUCGUGCGCGCCGUGAAGAAGCACACACGCGAUGGAAUCAGCGGCGGUCUCGGUUUUAAAGCGAGCGGUGGAGAUGGACAGGACGGAGCAGUACACGAUGGCGUUGGUGCUGUACCAGGAAGGCGUGCAGAUACUCCUCGACGCGGUGAAAGAAACGAAGGAAGCCCAGAAGGUGCAGUACCUUACGAAGAGAGCAAAGGAGUACCUCGACAGGGCCGAGAUGGUGAAGAAGUUGGUCAGCACGAGGAAGUCAGCCGGCACGUACACGGAGAUGACCAAGAUCGAGGACGGAUCGACGGGGCACGGCUACGCGAGCGUCUUCGGCAGAUUCCUUGACGGCACCGUCACGCACAUUGACAUCGAAGAUCCGUACAUACGAGCCUUUCACCAGUGCCAGAACCUGGUCAGAUUGUGCGAACUAGCGGUACAAAAGUGCUCCGCCCUGGCCAGGAUAUCCCUGCUAACGACUUACAACAAGGAAGAGUCUAGUCAAAUCUCGAGAUUGGCCGAGCUAAAGGAAAGUCUGGCGUCUCGCAACAUUUCCUUCAACUUCUCCUUCUCCGAGACGUUGCACGACAGACAGAUCACAUUGAGCAACGGAUGGGUGAUAAAAAUCGGGCGUGGAUUGGACUACUUCAAAGCGCCGGAGGGCAAAUUCGUUCUCGGCUAUUGCGAUUUAGAGUUAAGACCGUGCCUAGAGACUACCGUACACAUUACUCACAUGAAUCAGCUGAAGAGCAGAGGAUCAUUCAAAUAGGACAUAUUCAAUUAAUAAUAAGAUAAUGGUUAAUAUUUUUUAUAUAUUUUUCUCACAAAUGUGUAUUAUGGCACAUUUUUUUAGUACGCGAUAAAAGAAAACGUUCUUAUUUUUACAAUGCGGGUCCAUAUCUUUGCGAUAUGCUGCAUCUCGAGAGUUACAUAUACAUAUACAUAUAUUUGUACAUAUUUGACAAAGAUAUUUCUCUACAUUGCCCUUCCAUAAUGUAAUACUGUAAUUAUAAUUCGUGAUUAUAAAAUGUA